GCCCCGGGCGGAGUUCCGGGCCAUGGCGGCCGCGGAGCCCAAGCCCCCGGCGGGGGCGGACGCGGCCCGGCGCCUGGCCGGGGGCUGCUGGUCGGCUCUCUGGGACUACGAGACGCCCAAGGUGAUCGUGGUGAAGAACCGGCGCCUGGGCGUCGUGUACCGCGCGGUACAGCUGCUCAUCCUGCUCUACUUCGUGUGGUACGUGUUCAUCGUGCAGAAGAGCUACCAGGACAGCGAGACGGGCCCCGAGAGCUCCGUCAUCACCAAGGUCAAGGGCAUCACCUACUCCGAGCACAAAGUGUGGGAUGUGGAGGAGUACGUGAAGCCCCCCGAGGGAGGCAGCGUGUUCAGCAUCAUCACCAGGAUUGAGGUCACAGCCUCCCAGACCCUCGGAAACUGCCCAGAGAGUGUGAGGGUCAGCAACGCCACCUGUGACGUGGACGAGGACUGUGUGUCGGGGCAGCUGGACAUGCUGGGAAACGGCCUGCGGACCGGGCGCUGUGUACCCUACUACCAAGGCUCAGCCAAGACCUGCGAAGUGUCUGGCUGGUGCCCAGUGGAAGAUGGGGCCUCUGUCAGCCAAUUUCUCGGCAAGAUGGCCCCAAAUUUCACCAUCCUCAUCAAGAACAGCAUCCACUACCCUAAAUUCCAGUUCUCCAAAGCUUCUGCUCCUCCCCCACCUGAUGUUGUCCUCAGGGGCAACAUAGAGCACCGCAAGGACGGCUACCUGAAACACUGCACAUUCGAUGAGGUCUCUGACCUCUACUGUCCCAUCUUCAAGCUGGGCUUCAUUGUGGAGCAAGCAGGGGAGAACUUCACGGAGCUGGCACAUACGGGUGGCGUCAUUGGAGUCGUCAUCAACUGGGACUGUGACCUGGACCUGCCGGCGUCAAAAUGCAACCCCAAAUACUCCUUCCGAAGGCUCGACCCCAAGCACGUCCCAGCCUCGUCUGGCUACAACUUCAGGUUUGCCAAAUAUUACAAGACAAACAACAGCACAACCCGCACACUCAUCAAGGCCUAUGGGAUCCGCAUUGAUGUCAUUGUGCAUGGACAGACACAGAUCCCUCAGAGCUGAAGGAAAAAACUUGAAGUCUUCAUGGAAAGAAAUGUUUUCCUUAAACCCAGGUGCUAACACUUGAUGACAUUCAAGUCUGCAAUAGAUGGUGUGCACCUGCCUCCCCCACUGGGCCCUCUGGCUCCCUGCUAGUCUGGGAGCAGGGCUUGGACCUGGAGGGCACUUGUCACAGCAUAGAUGCAUCAGAGGGUAGUGGUGCUGCAGACAAGGGGACUGCUCCUGUAGACCCUACUCUGUCCAGGAAGUUUCCAGACAAGAAGCCCAAGUCUCGGGAACUCAUCGUGCGAAAAACAUACGGGUCCCCACAGGUUUCAGUUCUGGAGUACCUGGAAAUGGCCCAAAUCCUGCUGACGUCAAGCCCCAGGACAUGUUCUCCGUGGUAACAAGUGAUCAGAAAACAUGGGCCAGGGGCUGCAGACUCUCUAGACAUCACUAGACCCACCUACCCUCAAGGACUCUGCACAGACAAGACAACCCCCCCCAACCCUGCCCCGCUGAAACAGCAGUGGAGAGGGUAGGAGGGCAGGGCUGCAGGGAGGACUGUUUAUUCAGCAAGACAGUGGUGGGGCCCCUCCCUUGUCAGGCCUGACAUGGGUGGCCUGACCACAGCUGGAGGCCCAGAGAACCCAGAGAUGGAGCCGCUUCCUGCACUGGUUCGGUCAGGCCUCUCCGGAGCCAUGUGACCUGCUCCCUGAAGCUCCCUGGGGCUUAUUUUCCUUGGUGCUCCAUCCCAGACAAGGUGACAAGUUUGGGAAGUCAGGGCAGACAAUGGGAAUGCUGCUCACGGUGCUAGUGGCCCAGCUGAGGGUUCUUCUGCAGCAGCCACUCCAGGGUCUCUGUGAGGUAGGACAUGCCAUAGUGCUGGGCAAUGUUCUGGAAGAUUCCAAUCUGCUCCAUGAAGACCUGCAGAAAUGACCCAUCACAGUGAGACCUGGUUCCAGAGGAGGAACAGGGAAGCAUGGCAGAGGCCCCAUACGUAGAGAAAGAAGCAGAUAAAGGAAAAUGGUAAAGGGCUGCAGAGCUAGCUGGCUGUGGAGCCCCCACCUUGGUGUGGAUGGUGAGGGUAAAGCCCCCGGCGCAGCUGCAGUACACAGGCAUGUUGGUCUCCUUCACACCUCGGCACUUCAGGCAGAUCUGCAAUGAGGAGCAGUCCUGGUCAGGAGUCUCCCCAGCCUAGGCCAGUAACGGUAACAGCCAGCAGUGGUCAGCAGCUCAGCACUUUCACUUGACAGGCCCUCCCUGCUCUCUACCACCAUGGCCUUUAGCUCAACUAUGAAUAAAAUUCAAGAUUUUGCAAUAGGAUUUA